CAGCCACUAUCACCCGUCAGACUGGAAGGUGAGCUCGGGGAGAGAAGAGCGCCCGGCGUUGGCUCUGCUGGGAAGGUUCCGUACUGCAGACCAAGAUGGCCCAACCUUCCUUCACCACCCAUAAUCCUCUGAGCAGCCCAGCGGUUCCCUAAUGAUGACCCCACCUCUGACACCAAAGGAAUCCUGAUAAUGAAUGAUGUGAGAAAAGGAAGAUGUCGAAGGACUAGAUAUGUCCCAGGUCACUGGGUGGUUGAUGACCCUCAUGGUCCUGAUUGGAACUUUGACACGGUGGUGCCAGGCAGAUUGUAAUAUCAGCACAGAUGGGAAAAGGGUCACCUGCAAAGGACAGGAUCUCAAGCAAGUCCCUCAAAACCUUUCAGAGAGCCUGGAGUACCUGGAUCUAUCGUAUAACAAAAUUUCAGAGAUGAGAGCCACUGACUUCAUGAAAUACCCCAAUCUUGAAACCUUACUCUUGAGAUACAAUAAUAUUUCAUACAUCGAGAACGGGACAUUUCAGUAUAAUUUACUUUUGUCGAACUUUAGUUUGUUUAAUAACCUUCUCUCGGAGAUUCCCAAUUCUCCCUUGAUCGAUCUGAAAAACCUGCAGAUCCUUGACUUGUCCAACAACCUCUACGAACGCGUCACUCUCGGGGACGUCUUCGGCACUCUGGUGAAUCUGACAGAUUUAUCCAUAGGAGGUCCUCUGGUCUCCGGCAUCUUCAAACAUGACUUUGCUUCUAUUGAAAAUAUCAGUCUUGAUAGGUUUUCUUUGAAUUCCAAAUCUAGCUUGGAUUAUUACGAACCUGGGGCCUUCUCUGUUCUAAACACUAAGAAUUUGUGGCUUGACAUCGCUGUGGACACCAACGCAACACUGCUGAGCGAUAUGUUGAAGGAUUUGACAAAUAAAUCUCUCACGAGCCUCAAUUUUAUCAACUUGUUUGAGUUUUCCUAUUAUGUGGGCAACAAAGAUAUAUUUUCUUAUCUACCUUCUAUUGAUCUACGAGACCUGGCUUUCUACAAAGGGAAAUUUAAUGAGAAUCUUCUAUACCUGCUCUUGAUGAAUGUCCAGAUAUCUUCUGUGAAGAACCUUUACCUGUCUUCUCUUGACUUUGCCCGUUCUCCAUAUCUCGAUAUAUCAGAUGUCGCUAUUGACAACCUAAAUUUGGAAAACCUUGUGAUCCAAGACGUCAUCAACCCAGAUAUUCUUGGAUUUGACUUGGCGUUCCCCUGGUUCGGCAAAGUUGCCAACAUCAGUGUCAUUAACAUGAACUUCGACCAACUCCCUUGCAAUAUUUGGACCCAGUUGACCAAUUUGGUCAUGCUCAAUAUAUCGGGCAACCGUCUCUUGGCCACCUACCUGUACAACAUGUUGUGCAAGACCACUGUGUUACCCAAUAUUGAAAUAUUCAAUGCUAGCUACAAUGCAAUGCGCAGUCUGAAGACCAUCUCUUUGUUGACGGCUCAGUGGCCGAAACUUACCUACCUUGACUUUACAUCCAACAAAUUUGGUACACUCGACGAGUUUUGCGUGUGGACAUCUAACAUCAAAGUGGUUAUUUUAAGGGGCAAUGUGCUCCAGUACGAGGUGUUCCAGUGUCUACCUACAACUGUGGAAUAUUUAGACCUGUCCCAUUCUCAGCUCGAGCAACUGAAUAUGAGUUACUUUAACCUGGCUACGAAUUUGACGGAACUAAACCUUAGCAACAACAAAAUCAAAUCCAUACCAUACAACUGGCGGAGUCCCAGCAUUCAAGUGUUGGUACUGGAAGGCAACUCUUUUGGAAUUAUCGAUAGGGGUUCCUUUAAAAACCUGCCCCAGCUGAAAAACUUGACGGCGGGUAACAAUCCCUACUACUGUAUGUGCGACCUUUAUGACUUCUUUUCAGACGUUUUAGAGGAUAGAUCCUUGGUUCUUACUGACUGGCCCGACGAUUAUUACUGCUAUCACCCCCAAAAUUUAAUGGAAACCAGAAUUGAUAGUUUCCGCCCUGGAAAACUGGAAUGUAAUGUUGGCUUGGUGGUGGCCAUAUCUGCAUCAGUGACGGCUUUUGUUAUCAUUGUCUGCAUGCUCUUGGGUUGGAGAUUUAAUGCCCUGUGGUACAUUAAAGCAACUUGUCAAAUAAUCAAAAGUCGAUAUCGGGCCCGGAAGGCUGACCAGAUCAGAAACUAUGACUACCACGCCUUCAUAUCUUAUAGCUACUUUGAUGCCGAUUGGGUAAGAAGGGUCCUUCUCCCUCAACUGGAGGACUCCAACCCACCCUACAAAGUCUGCAUCCACGAGAGGGACUUCCAACCAGGGAAAUGGAUUAUCGAUAACAUAAUAGAGAACAUUGAGAAGAGCCGAAAGAUAAUCUUCAUACUGUCCCACAACUUCAUCAACAGCGAGUGGUGUAACUACGAGUUGUACUUCGCCCACCAAAGGGCCAUUGGGCACGCGUUUGCAGAUGUCAUCCUGGUGGUCAAGGACAGCGUUGGUAUGGAGGACCUGCCGAAAAGAUUCCAUAGGCUACGGAAAUUGCUUAGGACCAAGACCUACGUGGAGUGGCCCGAGGAGGGCAGCAGACAACCCUUCUUUUGGGUCCAGCUCAAGAACAUCUUAGGAAGGGACAGUUUAAGUGUUAUGGGGCAAGAUAACUUGACUUAUCUUUAGUGAAUGUAACGGCUAUUGUAGGGCGGGCAAUGGCAACCAUCAAAGUGAAUGCACCUGGAGAAAAAACUGACUUACAAUUCCUGUUCUUCGAUUUUAAGGGUCUUUAUUUUCCUUAAUGAUGUCUAUAAUGUAAAUAUUACUCCAGGGAGGCAAGUUUGCCCCCUUACACUUACUGUGAAGGCUCUUUUAGACCCUUAAUCACCCAGAUCGGUGGUCUCUAAACUGCAACCCUUCGGGGCACUAUUUCAUCCACUGAUACCAACAAUGGGGAAUAAUUCCCCUCACUGACACCAAUGAAGGGGCCCAAUUUCUCCCGAUGACACCAAUUAUUGGGACACAAUUUCUCCCAAUGACACUAACAAUGCAGCCCAAUGACUACAAUGAGACAUCAUUCCUUCCACGGACAUCAACAGUGAGGCACAAUGACAACAACAAUACCAAUGAUGGGGCACAAUUUCUCCCAAUGGCACCAACGAUUGGGCCCAAUGACUACAGUGAGACACCAUUCCUCCCAAUAACACAGAGAACGGGGCACAAUGACACUAAGAAAUGGGACACCAUUUCUCCCACUAACGCUAAUGAUGGGACACAUUUCCUCCUAACGAUGCCAACGAUGGGGCACAAUUCCUUCCAAUGACGCCAAUGAUGGGACACAAUUCCUCCCACUGAUGGGGCACAAUGACACUAAAAAUGGAACACCAUUCCUACCAAUGAUACCAAUGAUGGGACACAAUUCCUCCCAACAAUGGGGCACAAUGACACAAAAAAUGGGACACCAUUCCU